UCCUCCGGUUCGGAAACGGGAUGUGAUGUAAAAACACAGAAACUUUUUUUGUCUUCGGAGUUGAUCGGAUUUUUCUGGAUCCAAACGGAUUGUUCCGAAACAAGCCGAAUCUGAUCAAAUCAGGAGUUUUUCGGAAAGUCGCCGGGAGUUGAAGAGACGGAUCGACUCCUCCACCAUGACCCAGUGAGGGAACCCGAACCGAACCGAGCCGGGGAGAAGCUGUGAAGCUGCUGCAUUGGACCCGGAGAGAAACAGCGGAAAACAGAGAUGUAGCGCGCCUGCUGGUGAGACCGUUGGACCAUCAUGCACCUCUUCCUGCUGCUGCUCCUUCAGCUUCCAGCAGCCAGUGGUCAGAUCGAUCCAGAACAUUGUCGCUAUGCGUUGGGCAUGGAGGACGGACGGAUCCCCGAUCAGGACCUGACGGCGUCCAGCCGGUGGUACGAGACCACCGGGCCGCAGUACGCCAGGUUGAACUCUGAGGACGGAGACGGCGCCUGGUGUCCUGAGGGACAGCUGGAGCCUUCAGACUCUCAGUACCUGCAGAUCGACCUGCGCAGACUCGCCUUCCUGACGCUGGUCGGGACUCAGGGCCGCUACGCCAGAGGUCUGGGGAAGGAGUUCGCCGCGGCGUACCGCCUGAACUACAGCCGAGACGGACAGCUGUGGAAGGCCUGGAAGAACCGGCUGGGAAAGGAGGUCCUGGAAGGGAACAAAGACACCUACGGCGUUUUCUCCAACGACCUGAAGCCUCCCAUCAUCGCGCGCUACGUCCGCGUCAUCCCCGUCACCAGGCUGUCCACCACCGUGUGCAUGAGGGUGGAGCUGUACGGCUGUCCCUGGGACGACGGACUGCUGUCCUACAGCGCUCCAGAGGGACAGCUCAUGAUGUCGCCUGGUAACCCCGCAGUAAUCAGUCUCAACGACUCCACGUACGACGGCGUCCACGAGAAAAGGAAGCUGUUCGGAGGCCUGGGUCAGCUGACGGACGGCGUGACGGGCCGCGACGACUUCCUGGCCAUCCGCCAGUACAACGUGUGGCAGGGAUACGACUACCUGGGCUGGAGGAACGACACGCCGGGGACUCAGGGAUACGUGGAGAUGGAGUUUGUGUUCGACAGGCUGAGGAACUUCACCUCCAUGAAGGUUCACAGUAACAACAUGUACAGCCGCGGCGUGAAGAUCUUCUCCUCCGUGUCCUGUUGGUUUAAGCCUUUCCUCAGCUGGGAGCCAGAGUCCGUUUCCUUCUCCACCAUUCUGGACGACAGGAACCCGAGCGCCCGGUACGUCACGGUGCCGCUGAGCCGCCGGGCCGCCAGGUCGCUCCGCUGCCGCUUCUACUACGCAGACGUCUGGAUGAUGUUCAGUGAGAUCUCAUUUCAAUCAGAAGACAUCAUACUGCCAACACAGCAGCCACUGAUGGGGACAUCUGUUCCAGGGGGACGUAGGGACGUCACCAUGACAACCGCACCAAAGACCGAUAACACAGCAGCUGCUCCGUCCGCCAGCAGCGGCUCAGACCCAGACAACACAGCCAUUCUGAUUGGCUGCCUGGUGACCAUCAUCCUCCUGCUGGUCAUCAUCAUCUUCCUCAUCCUCUGGUGCCAGUGUGUCUGCAAGGUGCUGGAGAAGGCUCCUCGUCAGAUCCUGGAUGAGGAGGUGACGGUCCGCCUGUCCUCCUGCAGCGACACCAUAAUCCUGCAGACGCCGCCGGUGCCGCCGCGGUCCCGGCAUCCUCCUGCAGGUCCCACCAACACCGACCCCCACUAUGAGCGGGUCUUCCUGCUGGACCCUCAGUACCAGAACCCGGCCGUCCUGAGGAACAAGCUGCCGGAGCUGUCGCAGAGCGCCGAGACUUCAGGUAAACCAGAUCUUCACUCACUUUUGUCUCCUCACAGUCACAUGUACCGACCCAAAACGAAUCCGCUCCAUUUGGCAGAACCAGAACCUUCCUGUCUUUCUAACUGGAUUUCUCUGGUCCAUGAUGUUUUCCUGGUUUGUGGAAACAUUAUGAGAUUCUAAUUAGAUUCAUGUAAAUAGUUUGUUUUUAAAUAAAGGUUUGAAUUUACUGUUCAUAGCAGUAAAACUUUGGGUAAUGUCCCUUUAAUAUUCCUACUCCAGAGAGGACAGAUUAUUCUUUUGCUGGCUUUUCCAUUACAUAGAUAUUUUGAUUUAUCAUCUCUGGUUUAUUUUUGUGAUCAUUUUUUAUUUUAUUUGCGUGUUUUAGACGGUUAGCUGCCAGAUCUGAAGGGUUUCCUGUAAAUGUUAGGUCUCUGCUCCACUUUGCCCCCUGGUGGCCAUUAAGAGCAUCUCCCCCACCCAGCAGGAGAACAUUUGGGUCGCCUCCUUCACUUUUCUCAGACUCUGUCGGUUCUGUCUUUUCUUCUUGUCUGGAUCUUCCUGCAUGCUCAUUCUCCUCUCCACCUCCUGCAGCUCUCUGCCUCUUUCCGUGUCUCCUCUUCCUCCAGCGCUCUUCCUCGGUAACCCUCUCUAUGACCUGCUGCUGCUGACUUCCUGUCGCCAGACGUCAGGAUGGCUUGGUGGUAAGAGAUGAAAGGUGUGACGACUUGAGACGUUUUAAAGAAUAUCAGGUGGGCGAGCGGGGAUUCAGAGUUUAACGUAUUUCUGGAUAUUCUGUCAUUCUGGGUAUCAGUCAGUGGAACCAUCUCCAGUAAUACAGAAACAACAUCUGUAGUAAAAAGUAUUCAUAUUUUGUACAUUAGAUUGGCCAUUUAUCAUCUUGUUACAACAACAAAAUUAUUAGAAUAUAAUUUAAUAAUUACUCAACACCUUAAUUAGAUUUCUAUAUUAUAAUACUGCAACCUCUGUAUUAUUAUCACAUUAACUGAAAAGUGGUUAACUGGUUUUUACAUUAAUAAUUAUUUCUCUCUCCCCUUUACCAUCUUAUUAUUGAAGCAUUAGAUACUAUUUUGGUCUUUACAUAAUAAUAAAAAAACAUAUUAUUACUACUUUUAUCUUUUUUUUAAAACAAAUUUCAGGUUGCUAUUUUAUUUGGUGUAAGUGUCUUUUAUUAUGCAUGUUAAAAAAUAUAUAAUUUAUUCAAAAUGAUCAACUUGGCUCACCAUCCUUCACUCUUAAUCAUCUGGUGUCACAUAAUUAUUAGAUCUUAUUUCUCUACAUGAUCAGGAAGUUUUAGAGGCUCCUCCACCUUCUGAUCACUUUGGUCACAUUAUUUCUUUACUGCAUUACAUUCCUGCAAACUUCAUUGUGUUUCAUGUUCCAGUUUUUUCUUCUACCUGAUCUUUUCUCAACUCUACUGAUUCCGGGAUAUUUUUAUACUAAAGUAAAAUCUUCUUGUUAAGAUCAGAUUGUAUCUUAAACUUCCUCUAGUAUUUAAUUCCUCCAUCUUUGCAUCGAGCUGCAACAUGAAGUCUGAGCUGCUGCUGGUCUGACUGCCAUGAUGAUGAUGAUGAUGAUGAUGAUGAUGAUGGAGAUGAUGAUGAUGAUGAUGAUGAUGAUGGUGAUGAUGAUGAUGGUGAUGGUG